UGACUACCACAGCAGUUGUUGGGCGCGCAUAUUAUGCUCACUCACUACUUGAUAUUGUGACCAACCACACACGCUCAUUAUCGUUACUAUCUGUGUCUUCUGCCGAACGUGGAAACUUUGUUACAGAUUAAUUGAUUCUUCGUUCUUCACCAGAGAUGUGCCUUUAGGCAUGUCAGUGAAGGUCCAGGUGGCGCCAUCGCCGCAUCUGUGGUCUGUCGUGAAGAAAAUGCAUCUGAAGACGGGUAAAGUAGCUUCUGGGAGGCACCGGCCAGACACAGCCACCCUAGAGAAGCCCCUGAUCCUAGAUCCAGGGCUGCUAAGGAAGGUGGACAUGACUAGACUAACAAGAGACCGCCUCCUGACCAUCGAGAACCUCAUAAAUACUCCAAAGAAGACGAAGACCUCUCCCAAACCGAAGGAGAAACCUGGAAAAUCAUCAAUUAGGAGCAAAUCCAGAGAAGACAACACGGAAAGUUGGGUGGAUGAAGAGAUCUCGUCAAUCAGCGAUUUUAAGAGGAAAAAUUCAAGAGUAAUAAAUACCACCUUUAGAGUGAGAUCUCAUGUUAGAAAAGGACUAAGAGAAGUAUUCUCUUCACCUACUCAGCUCCAGAUUUCUCCAGCUCCUGAGAAACAGCCGGUAAAAUCAAAGAGUCCGAAAGUGAAAGAGACCCAGACAAAUCGUGACAAGAAAAGUGUUGAAGAUGUUUUUGGCACUUUGAUAGUAAGUGAAACUCUAGUUCCGUCGCCUUGCAACACCUGUGGAAGAUCCGAGAGGCCCGAAAGGCUCCACGCACACCCGUCUAUGCCACAGAACAAGCGAAGCAAGUUAAAGGACGACCAAGAAAACACGGCGGUGAUGCAGCAGAAAAACUCUGUCACUAAACCCAUGGCUAUGAAGUUUCGAAGCGGAAAAUCUCGCGGAGAAAAACACCCGGAUGUGGAGAGACCCCAGGAACAGAUAAAGUCUCCGGUGCAAAAAGAUACAAAAGAAGAACAGAAGAAAACUGUGCCAUUGAUUAGAAGAGAGACUUUUAAAAUUGAAAGAGGGCCUAAACCAGUGAUUGCUGUUGAGAAGAAAAUGUCGCAACCUUCUCCUUCUCCAACGAGAAAAUUGGCAGUACCUCCGAAUCCUCCUCCAAGAAGACAAGCUCUUCCGAGGACUCCUGAGAAGGAGACCCCGAGAGAAGAUCCUCCUGCUACCCCGUCGGAGAUGUCAAACCCUCCAGUCGUCCACUCUGGCUCACCACGACGGCCCCGGACCAUCACCUGUUAUCUCUGUCAGAAGCAGUUCGGCACUGCGUCUUAUCCGCUUCACGAACCUCAGUGUCUUCAGAAAUGGCAGCGAGAGAACCAGAUGCUUGCAGUUCCUCAACCGGAACCGAGCAAACCGCCGUCGAGACGUCCCAGCGAAGAUGGGGUGUUGGAUCAUGCGUGGGAGGUCGCACAGGCAACCAUGGUAUCCUGUGAUCGAUGUUCCAAGACCUUUCUACCACAUCGACUAGAAGCCCACCAGAGGGUAUGUGGUCCACAGAUAGUGAGCACUGCAGUGAAACCAUCCAUACCUAAACAGGUGCAGGAGUGGGACAGUGAUCGUGACGACCGCAGCGAACGAAGCGUGUUGCUGGAAGGUCCGACGUCCAUCCACUGCCACAUAUGCGGCCGCAUCUUCAAUAAGAACGCCAUCGAUCAGCACGAGCAGCAGUGCCUGAAGAGGUGGCAGCAAGAACACUCCCGUGACUCCAGCAGCUCAUGCCCCGCCAGUACCACCAGCUCGCCACCUGGCUCCCACCCAUCGACUCCUAGACGCCGCCUGGUCCUGUGUUACCUUUGCGGUCGUCAGUUCGGAUCCGCCUCCAUCGCCAUCCAUGAGCCCCAGUGUUUGCGUCGCUGGAGACAAGAGAACGAGAGGUUACCCCCCACACAGAGAAGGGCGGAGCCGGUAAAACCUGACGUCAUCUACGAUUCGGAAACGGGGCAGGUGGACUAUGCAGCUACUGAUGAUGCCCAGUGGCAGUGCCAUCUGGUACAGUUGGUGCCAUGUGCUCGCUGCGGCCGGACCUUCAACCCCGAUCGUGUUUCUGUACACGAGAAGUGCUGCAAAGGGCCCUCCAAACACUGACAUUACACUUGCUUUUGUAAAACAGACAAUAUUUUUAUAAUAAUAGAAUAAAUAUAUUUAAUACAA